UUCCUUUUUUUUUGGUCUCUCCCCUCUUGAGAUCCGUGAGCGUCGCGGCGACUUUCGUUUCCGCUUCCGGUGGUUGGGGCGUUUUCCCGCCUUUUUUCCCCCCUUCUCUUCCUGCUUGUCUUAGUAUUGUUUCUGUCAGCAAGAUGGAGAAGGAGGCGCCGGCAGCUGCGGCUUCGAACUCCGGCAAAGGCGAGGAAGGAGACGCCAGGCCCAAGGAGAGCGCCGCCGCCGCCGCCCCCGACGAGGGAGAAGAGCGGAGCGGCGAGGAGCCGGUGGUGUCGCUGGCCGAGGUGCUGGCCGAGAGCGAGCAGCUCGAGCAGGAGGCGCGCGCCGUGCUGGGAGGCAGCGACCACGAGAGGUGCAGCUACUCCCAGGGUGCGGUGAAGAGACAAGCCCUAUAUGCCUGCAGUACUUGUACACCACGAGGGGAAGAACCAGCAGGGAUCUGUUUAGCAUGCAGUUAUGAAUGUCAUGGUACCCACAAGUUGUUUGAACUGUAUACGAAAAGAAACUUCCGUUGUGAUUGUGGAAAUAGCAAAUUCAAAAAUUUGCAAUGCAAACUAUUACCAGAAAAGGCAACAGUUAAUCCAACAAAUAACUAUAACGACAACUUCUUUGGAUUAUACUGUGUUUGUAAAAGGCCGUAUCCAGAUCCUGAUGAUGAGAUCCCAGAUGAAAUGAUCCAGUGCAUAGUUUGUGAAGAUUGGUUUCAUGGACGGCACCUUGGUGCAAUUCCUCCAGAUAGUGGCGAUUUUCAUGAAAUGGUGUGCCAAGCUUGCAUGGACCGCUGCCCUUUCCUGUGGGCAUAUGCUCCAAAAUUGGCAGUUCCCACUGUUACCAAAGUUACUCCUGCAGCUGAAGAUGGAGUUGUUUUGAAUGUUGAAGAAACUGAAGAAGUAAAAAAAGAAAAUGGUGCCAGUCCCCAGAUGAAGACAGAGGAAGAGAAAAUAGUUCAAAACAAUGAACCAUCUACCAGUUCUGGCUCUGAGUGUUCUCAGACUAUUAAGAGCGAAGCCUCCGCCUGCACACUGCAAGAACUACAAGUCAAACAGUAUCUGAAAAAGAAUACAGCCACCUUCUGGCCACACAAUUGGAGGAGCAAGUUGUGCACCUGUAAAGAAUGCUUGAAAAUGUAUUCUGAUCUGGAGGUCCCAUUCCUAAUGGAUGAGUGUGAUACAGUUUUGGCGUAUGAAAAUAAAGGAACAAAUGACCAGGAAGCAGACAGAAGAGAUCCACUAAUGGACACACUUAGCAGCAUGAAUAGGGUCCAGCAAGUCGAGCUCAUCUGCGAAUACAACGAUCUGAAAACAGAAUUGAAAGACUACUUGAAAAGAUUUGCAGAUGAAGGAACAGUUGUUAAGAGAGAGGACAUUCAGCAGUUCUUUGAAGAGUUUCAGUCUCGGAAGAGGAGAAGGACGGACCGGAUGCAAUACUACUGUAGCUAGACAACUUGGGAGAUUUUAUGGACAAGUUUUUUUUGCUAUCUCUGCUAGCUUUUCGUUUUCCCUCCAGGACUUACCCAGCCUCUUGUUCAUCUCGGCUUCUGUUCCUCUCUAAAUAUGAUCCAGUUCCAUAGCAGCUGGUCUAAAAAGCAACAAGAUCAUAUUAUUGAAAUGUGUUUAAUCAUUUGUUGGGGGAGAGUGGGGUAAGGUGGUUAGGUAUUAAGGGCAUAUACUUAGAAAGGAAUCCGGGAAACCUCCUAAACUUGCAUAGAUAAAACAAUAUCCUCCAUAUGGAUAAAAGGAAAAUGUAGGCACACAUGUUUUUACUUUGUCAAUUUCUGAUACGAAACCAUAUUGUGGGCUAUUGCUAUUGGCUAUGAAUAACAAUGCUUACAGAAUCGGAAUAUAAAUCUUUGAACCUUUUUCUGAAUUAAAACUUCUAAAAAGACAUAAUCCUUUGAGACAUGAACGAAAAUUUCAGCUUCCUGGGUAGAAAAAAUCCCCCUUUGUGUAGAGUUUUUUUUAAGGGCUAUACAGCCAGUGUUUUGAUUUCCUCUCUGCAUAGAAUGUAAAUAACUUGCUUUCUGCUGGGUGGUACUACUAGGUUAUAACUUUGGGGGGGGGGGCAGGGGGCGGCACAAAGAAGUUCUGGAAGCUUGUAUAAUUGUUUUAGGUUGUAAGUGUUUAAGAGGGAAUAGCCAUCAAGCUACUUACCAAACUGUAAAGUACAGAGUGGUGACCUUUGAUAAUAAAGUCAAGACAACAAUACUGUUGAAAUCAGCUGUCCCAAGGCAGAUGUGUUUUCACAUUGUUUUAACUUUUAUCGUCUUCCUAACUACUCAGGCAAAUAAUUCUUCAGUGUGUAUAUGACCCUUAGUACUCCAAAGUUUCGUCUUCUGACACUAUUUGACUUUUACAUUUCAAUAAAGUGGUUGGUUGUCAUUA